AUGGCAUCCUCCAGAGCCAUGUCACGGACGCUCGCCGCUCUAACCCGGCCUGCCGCCCAGACAUCUUACAGAGCCGCUCCACGAUGGACUCGCUCACUCAGCACAAUCCGAUCCCAGCUUCCCGCUAUCUCCUCCGUCUCGCGACCAAUUGCGCAGCGACAGCGCACUCAAACUGCCGCACCAAGCCUCGCUGGUGUCGGCAGCGGCGUCCGAACCAUCUUCAUCCAGACCGAAGGUACCCCGAAUCCGGAUGCCCUCAAGUUCCUACCGAACCAUCGUGUUGUCCCCGAAGAGUUCUCUACACCUUUUAUCGAGUACCUCAACCCUAGAGCGACGAUCUCUCCCCCGCACCCCUCACCACUCGCCGCCAAGCUUAUGAAUAUUAACGGAGUCACUUCGGUUUUCUACGGCGCCGACUUUAUCACUGUCACAAAGGCUGCUGAUGCGAAUUGGGCACAUAUCCGACCCGAGAUCUUUGCCCUCAUUACGGAGGCUAUUACUGCAGGCGAGAAAAUUGUCACUAUCGCCGAGCGCCGAGAAGGUGAGGCCGCUGUAGAAGCCGAGGAGGAUAGUCUUGCGUACAACGAGGAUGAUAGCGAGGUUGUUGGGAUGAUCAAGGAGCUUCUUGAGACACGAAUUCGACCAGCCAUCCAGGAAGACGGUGGAGAUAUUGACUUCCGGGGUUUCGAUGACGAGGGAUACGUGCACUUGCGUUUGCGAGGCGCUUGCCGCACCUGCGAUUCUAGUACUGUUACCCUCAAGAAUGGUAUUGAGGGCAUGCUGAUGCAUUAUAUCGAAGAGGUCAAGGGCGUUAAGCAAGUGAUGGACCAAGAGGAGGAGAUUGCUUUGCAAGAGUUCGAAAAGUUCGAAGAGAAGUUGAAGCAGCAAAAGGGUCAGGUUGCCUCGACAGGAUAG